UUCUUUAGUCGUUUCCAAUGUCGAUCUCCAAACACCCGGCUGCCCGGCAAUUCAAAACCUCGCACGGCUCACCAAUUGAUUAGGGUUUUUUCUCUCUCUAUCUUCUCAACUUGAACGAAAAAAAUGGCAACCAUGGGAAUAAGAUCAGCCAUUGCAACCGGAGCUAGAUUCAUGGCGGUUCCAUCAAGAUCAUCAUCUUCCAUUAAUGUCGCUUCAAAGCUUAUAUCUUCCCCAUUUUCAUCUUCAUCAAAUAGAGCCAUUUCCUCCGCUUCUAGGUUGGCUUCAAUGUUGGGAAUGGUUGAGUCACAAAAGCCGCUUCAUAGUGCAAUUGCAUCUGCUAGGCUUAAGUCAAUUCUUUCUCUUGAUUCUAGCUGCUGGAGUCAGCUUUCUUUAGGAUUUGCUUUGCCUUUCUGACGACCUCUGCCUCAUCUUUAUGGGACAAUUACCUGAUAGGUGUUUGAAAGUUGUCAUAAAACAAGAAUGGCCUUGUGGCACUUUAAAUUUGUUCCUUGAGUCGACUAGUUCUUAUUUUAUUUUCCUAAGCAUUUUGAGACAUGAAGCAUAUGUAUUGUUUGUCUUCAUUUUGAUGGGCCUAAGUAGGUCAUAUUCUCAGCCGUGUACUGAACUCGAGAGUAAGAUUUAGGGGUUGUUUGGUAUUUGCCAUGAAAUGGAAAGAGAUUGGUAACAAAUAAGAUA